AUGGCGAGCAGUCAAGAUUUCAAUGAUGACGAGGUGUCAAACCCCUCGUUAAAUAGCCCUACUCGCUCCAUGGACAGUGAGGACUUGCAGACGCUGCAGGAAACGCUGCAGAACAUGCAAAGUUUGAUUAGCAUUACGCGUAAGAACAUUGAAGCGCUGAAUUUAAAGUUUGCGGACUUCCAACCCCCAAUGUAUGUGAGUGAAUACAAUGAACUGACCUCAAAGUUGCACGGUUUCCUUGCGUGUGAGGAGGAACUUGAGCGCAAGAUCCGUUUAGAAAAGGAGAACAAUUCUCAGGCUGACACUGCUAUAGAACCGUUGGUGCAGCAGCCCAAUCCACAGGAGGAGGAGAUCAGCUACCCUACUGUAGUGCCAUGCUCUCCGUUCAAAUCUGUGAUACGAGCACACCUGCCUAACCAACAGCGUACUUCUGUGCAAGUUCGUCCAGGCCUCAGUGUCAGGGAGGCGUUGGCCAAAGCUAUGAGUCUUCGCAAGUUGUCCCCAGACAUGUGCAUUGUCUACAAGGGAGAUACAAAGAUUCAAAUUGCUUGGGAUGCAGACAUCUCAUCGCUGGAGGGAGAAGAGAUAACUGUGGAGAUCAACACUAACUACCCCAUAACAACCAGUAUUUCCCACAAUUACGCCAGGAAAACUUUCUUCUCCUUGACAUACUGUGAGUGCUGCAGGAAACUUCUCUUCCAAGGCUUCUACUGUAGAACCUGUGGAUACAAGUUCCAUCAGAGGUGUGCUGAUCAGGUGCCCAAACUGUGCCAACAAAUAGGGGAGCAGACAAAAUAUCUGCAGUACCUUUUGGCACAGGGGCCAGAGAUAGCUGGCAUUCUCAAUCCAGGAGACGGCCAAAGGUACUUUAACUCUCCAUCUCCAGACCCGUUGUUGGGCCGCAGUAGCCACCCAAGUUUGGCCCAGCAGUGCUCCACCUCAGUUCCUAACGUCUACUUCAACCUGGUGGAUCAGGGCAGUCAGAGCCGGGAUCUGUCCCAUAACUCUCCAGGAGCUUCCAUUCUCAUUCCUAGCAUUGGUGACCCAAAAACCAUCCACAGCACUCAGGUGUCGCCCACAAAGACGAUCCGUUCGCGGCCGAGAGCGAGGAGCGCGGAUGAGAGCAGCAAAAAGCUGACGGACAUCAUCAGAACGGCCCGCGAGUCUAUUGAUGACUGGGAGAUCUCCAACGAGGAGCUGCUGAAGGGUCAGCGCAUAGGCUCAGGGUCGUUUGGGACCGUGUACAAAGGUCACUGGCACGGGCCGGUCGCCAUCAAGACCCUGAACGUUAAGAACCCGACGCCAGCGCAGCUGCAGGCGUUCAAGAACGAGGUGGCUGUGCUGAAGAAGACACGCCACGUCAACAUUCUGCUCUUCAUGGGCUGCGUCAGCGAGCCGGAGCUGAGCAUUGUGACGCAGUGGUGCGAAGGCUCGAGUCUCUACAAACACUUGCACGUGAUGGAGAUCAAGUUCGAGCUGCUGCACCUGAUCAAGGUGGCUCACCAGAUCGCGCAGGGCAUGGACUACUUGCACGCUAAGAAUAUCAUCCACCGCGACCUCAAGAGCAACAACAUCUUCCUGCGGGACGAUCUGACCGUGAAGAUUGGCGACUUCGGCCUGGCCACGGUGAAAGCAAACUGGGCUGGCUCGCAGCAGUUCCAUCAGCCGGCUGGCUCGAUCCUGUGGAUGGCCCCCGAAGUGAUUCGCAUGCAGGAUGAGUCGCCCUACAGCUUCCAGUCGGACGUGUACGCCUUCGGCAUUGUGUUGUACGAGGUGUUGACCGGGCUGCUGCCCUACGGCAACAUAAAAAACAAGGACCAGAUUUUGUUCAUGGUGGGCCAGGGCAAGCUGAAGCCAGACUUCAGCAAGCUCCGGCCGGACACUCCCAAGGGCAUGCGUAGGCUUGCCAAGAACUGUAUCAAAUUCCAGCGCGACCAGCGUCCGUUGUUUAAGCAAAUUCUCGCCUCAUUAGAUAGCAUACUUUACUCGCUGCCGAAAAUUCAGCAUUCUGUAUCGGAGCCCACACUGAACAGUGCCCAGUUGCAAUCUGACGAGUUGCUGUAUGAGUGUGCGUCACCUAAAACGCCUGUGAAUUUCCCUCCGUAUGGAGCUUUCCCCUUUUAAAACUUUUAGCCUCAUAUCAGGUGCGUCAGGGGUGCAAAAAUUCUCAAGAAGCUUGUUACUCUACUCUCUGUUCUGCCUUGAAGCUCGGCGCAGAAUAGAAAUCCUCACUGCACUAAUACUUUAUUUGUUUCAUUUGUUUUCUCUCUUUCUCUUUCCGGCUUGAAAUGUAACGUAAUACAUCAAACCCAAGUUUCCACGUGGACUCACAAUUUUGCAGCGAUUUUAUCAACUGCACACCACAUGUAACAUCUGCAGACUUCUAGUGGGAGUGGGUUCAUACGAAAAGAUUGAAUUCCUGAGAAUUGCUGCACCCUUCUAAAUGUUACUGCGUAUCCUGUUUUUUAUUUUGUUAAUUCCAUGCAUUUCAGUUACUCUUAGUACAGCUUGUUGAGAAGUCAACUUCUAUUUAUUGUCCUAUUCUUAAGUUAAUUAUAUUUUUUUGCCGCUGUUGUACUUAAUUACUUAAGCAUUAGGCUACUCUUAUGUGACUACAAACUGUAAAUAUUAACAGAUAUUACACAAAUA